UAUAAUUGUGCUUUUUGUGUUGUACAAAAUGUUAAUGUUUGUUCAAUUGCCUAUAAUAUCAACAGUGCGAGUUUGUUUUUCUUUAAUGUGCAUCUCCCCCCCUUCCUUUAAACUUUCUGGUUGGGAAUUACUACCCUAUUCCUCGACCUAGGUUAAUUUACUGAAACCUCGAUAUAUCUUCAUUUCAUGGAAACAAAUUUGGUACACCGAUGUCAUUUCUACGUGUUAUAACUCUCAAACAAUGAACAUGCUCACGUAAACAUGCAUAAUUACAAAAUCAUAUAGUUACAUACUAGAUACCUUCUUUAAUUCAGAAAAGAACGGAUACAGACGAUUUCGUCACAUUAAUUAUUAUACAUUGUAUAUUCGUACUUUAUCCUUAAAAUAUUCAUCAAAUGUGCUGAUGAAAUUGUCAUAAGGGUCAAAUUUUCUAUUACUGGGGAGUGAGAAUGAGUUUUGCUGAUGAAAUAUUUGUUAAAAGACAGCAACUGAAGCACUUCUCGACUGUUUAACUCAUACUGAUUGCACAAAGGUAUUAGUUUUUAAUUUGUAUGAAUGUACUUGGUAGUGUGUUUGAUUAAUAAAAGUAGAUUUAAACCUUUUCGCUUCUUUGUUCAGGUUUUAACAAGCAACUUGACUUGUGGGGACAAAGUCUGUGCAGUAAUUGGUAAAGUUGAUGGUUAUUGCAUAGAUACAAGUAUUGACGACAAGAUAUAUCAUGUAGCAGACAACUUGUACAUUUCUUCACAAGAUGGAGCUUGUAAUCUUGAAGAUUUAAGGCUGCAAAAAAUUACUCAUAUUGUUAAUGUUGCCACAGGAAUUGUAAAUCAAUUUCCAAAUGAGUUUCAGUACAAAACAGUAGAAAGUUUGGAUUUACCGAACACAAGAAUAGAUCAGAAUUUUGCUGAGCUGUCCUCAUUCAUUGAAAAGGGACUGGAGGAUGGAAAGGUUUUGGUUCAUUGCAAAGCAGGAGUGUCCAGGUCUUCGACUGUUGUCAUUGCUUACCUUAUGAAAUCUAACAAUAUUGGGUUAGAUGAUGCAUUUCAUUUGGUAAAGAAAGCAUGACCAACAGCAAAGCCUAAUGAAGGUUUUUGGAGGCAACUGAAGGAAAAUCAUUUAUUAUUAAGUCAAUCAAACACUCCAAGUGAUGGAAGAACAAACAAAUAAUGGUAAACCAUUCUUAUAUGAUGGUUGAAUAUGCACAUGAGCAGAGUGAAAGCACCAAAAUUAAUGGCGAACCAUUCCUGUAUGGUGCUACAACAUGCACAUGAGCCAUGUGAAAUGAAGAACAAAAUAUAAUGGUGAACCAUUCCUGUAUGGUGCUACAACAUGCACAUGAGCCAUGUGAAAUGAAGAACAAAAUAUAAUGGUGAACCAUUCCUGUAUGGUGCUACAACAUGCACAUGAGCCAUGUGAAAUGAAGAACAAAAUAUAAUGGUGAACCAUUCCUGUAUGGUGCUACAACAUGCACUUGAGCCAUGUGAAAUGAAGAACAAAAUAUAAUGGUGAACCAUUCCUGUAUGGUGCUACAACAUGCACAUGA